AUGGACGAUCCACCUCUGCGCUCUCUUCCACGCUCAAAAAAUAGCCAGGCGGAUUUUCCUGGGGCAGUGCAGGGGCCUCGCGAUGAAGUAGAGUGGGAUAAAGAUACCACAGCCGAGGUCCCUUUCCUCAUAGAAGACCAGAACCUCUCGUACUUGUUCAAUGACUAUGAUGAUAUUAUUACAAGUACGUCCAACAUGGACGUCGGCCCGCUAUCUACCUCAUCCCACUACACCUAUCCGUCUGCCUCAUCUCAAGGCCACUUUCCAUUCAGCAGUGCUUCAUCUGCUAUGUAUUUACCAACCCACUCUUACGAAUCUCCAACUAGAAGCCUUCAAGGGGCGCCUGCCAUAGAGUUUAGCCAAAACAGGCCUGAUAAGGCCAAAGUUAUCAAUAAAUGGUCUCUUGACGACCCUUUGGAUAACACAUCCGAGCUGUUAAGAGCUCUGAAGCAGAUGCCCGAGAAGGAAAAUAGCAAGGAAGAAGGUUUCGGGCUGCCCUGGUGCUUGAGCACAGGACAAGGUCCCUCACAUCGAUAUGUUGGCAGUAGCUUCUGGGCGCUCUCUAAUACUCGAGUACCAGACUGUGACCGCCUCCUGGAAGCACAGCAAGCCCGGCUUUAUUCCAAGGAAUUCGGCGACGGUAGUAGGGCUGGAUUUGUAAAGCUCCUACAAAGUCUCCCUUCCAAGAAACUAUGCGAUGUUUUACUCCGGUCUUUUCUUCUCGGUGUUCGCCCGCUACUACCUUUGGUUCAUGGCCCUACCCUGCAAGCAGAGUACGACACAUUUUGGGUUCGAUACAACAACGACGAGCUCCGAAAUCAGGCGAGAAAUGAUUUAACAGAUGGUUCCUUUCUAUGCCUACUUUGGUCGGUGCUUUACUGUGGAGCUGUAGCUGCUUCGCCUUCUUUGUUAGCCGAAGCCUCGAUACAUGUGCAUCACUCUUCGGCGUUGCUCUUACAUUUACGCACUAAACUCGAGGAAUGUCUCACACUAUGCAAGUAUGCCAAGCUACCAACCUUAAAUGGCCUCAUAGCGUCCAUUUUAGCUCGUGAGUGCGAUCCGGAGGUGGAUGAGAUACUCACAGCGCCAGCUUUUGUUACGCAGGUGAUGCAAGCUGCAAUGACUCUCGGCCUGCACAGCGAGGAGGUAAUAAUCAUGGCUUAUGGUGAAGUGGAGGGUGAGAUUGCACGGCGGGUUUGGUAUCAUAUCAUAUAUCUCGAAGUGCUGGCCACGCUUACUUCGGGAAGUUCUCUGUCGCACAGUAGCAGCGAGGAGUCGUACACCACCAAAAUACCUCAAGAAUUUCAUGACAUCAGUAUCGGCUUGGGGAGGGCUAUCCUAGACACUUCUAACCAGUAUGCACAAUCUUCGUCAGCAAUGCUGCUCGCUAUUGGCCGCUUCGAGAUGACCCGCGUGAUGAGGAAGAUUGUGGAACAAUGCUACAAUCACCGCAUACCGGCUAAAGAGGAUCUGAGAAAUUUAAUUGCAGAGCUGGAACUAUUCCAGAGAAAGAUAGACGUCCUCAUCGGACGACUACAAGUCCGUGGCACUCCGGAGCAUGGUCAUAUCUCAACCCAGCUACUUACGGCAGAUCCGUUAAUACACAAAUGGCUCUACCAAGAUAAUCCACACGAAGAGACGGUGUUUAAUGCAUAUGCACGAAUUGGACUCUACAUGACGAAACACCACGUGUUGAUAUUUUUUAAUCGGCAAUUCUUGAGUGGGCCUGACGACCACCAGACCUCGACGAUUUGGAACCACGAGAUGUCUCUAUGCUGCCAGUUCUUAAGGAGUUAUCUAAACCUUGCACGCUUACCGGCCUUUUCUCCCUACCAAUGGCUCUUCCCAGGAAAAUUGCAACCCCUCCAACAAUGUAUGCUCGUUCUCACCUAUCUAAAGGAGCACCCGCAGAACAGUGACAUACAGCUUCUGCAACAUCUAAUUAGUGAGGUAUUCGAUAUAUUUAGAGCGAAGGACGAGACGGACAGUAAUAAGGAUCCGUUAUUGUACCGAUCGAUUUUGACCUAUGAAGAAUCGUGGCAGAUGCUUCACGAGAUGCGUGGUGAGAUUGGCUCGGGGGCACCGUCGUCGUUGCAUCAACCCCAAAGCACGGGUGCCACAUAA